UGCACCAGGAUGUUGAGUGACCAUGAGUCAGAUAAGUGUAUACGAUAAUUUUACUGUGCUUGCGAUCUUAUAUACGUCAUAGGGUGUCCAGUUUCCCUAAUUUGGGGUUGGAUGAAAUGACUGCUUGAUUUAAAUAUUGACACACCUCGAAUACAGAAGCUGAAUUAAGAUUUUAAGUAGACAGUUUGUGAAGUCCAAGACAAACAUGGACAACUUUCACUUUGUCUUGUUGACAGUUUGUCUUGUUUUAUGGAAGUCUGUGAUAGCUGAUAUUUAUUUACACAAUCCAAGGGGGGGUAACAACAGGUUGGAUGAGGAAAACAGAAAUGUACAGAAUAAUAAAAGGAUGUUUGACUCCCAGAACAACAAUAGAGGGGGAUACAAUGUGGGGUCACUCUACUACUAUGUGGGGUCAACCCUACACAUAGAAUGGACAAACCAGCAUUCCUGUAGUAACCCUAACAGUCACUGCGAGAUCAUACUACAGUACAUGUGUGAUGACCAGCUCAGGGAUGGGGCUUCUACAAAUACUAUACCCUUGAACCCGGAUGACUGUCGCCUUGGAAACUGUAAUACAGAUAAAGAAUAUGGCAUGAAUGAGAACUAUGAAUAUUACCUGAACUGUAGGUCUCGGAGGCGCAACAAAGGGCUAUUUAUAGCAGACCAGAACCUGAAUAACAGGAACCGGGCAAUCAACACUCGUCAGAAUCCUAACGGUCAGCGCUAUGGUUACGAGUGUCCAGAGGAGAGAGACUAUUACCCCUACUGGGGCCCCACUCCAUGGAUGGAUAUUGCUGUGCUGACUAACGAUGCCACCAGAUGUCCUUAUUACAGAGCUGAGAGUGCUAACGUCAAACCCCGCUACGGCUGUGUGAUGCCAGCGGAGGUCCUACAGGAAAACAUCGGCCGAAUCACCCUCCCCAACACCAAGGAGGAGUGUGAGGUGUACAGAUACCCUAGUAACGACCCUGACGGAGUCCUGGCAGAGUGGAGGGAGGUCCCAGCCUUUGGUAUCGAGGCCCCGGACUGCAGGGAGACCCAGUUCUCCAGAGACAAUCACCUAGGUAACGGGAUUGGAGGACACGCUUUGGUCUACAACUGGACUAUACCCAAUACAGUUCAUGAGAAUUGUGCCAUGAGAAUAAGGUACAAUAUUUCGACUGGGGACUAUAAUGGCUGGAACACAACAUAUAACACAGAUGUUGAUGCUCAGUUGGCAGCCAAAGUCGGACUCUCUGAAAACGAGGCUGACCAACGGGGCUUCCUGUUUGAAAACAACCCUGAGGUCAAGGUCUUUUCAGAUGCCAACUUUGAACUCCAGCUGGCUGUUAACACAGCACAAUUUGGUCGUACAUUUGAGGACAGGUCUUUUGCUUUCGCCAUUCGUCCCCGCCCGGCUGGUACAGAGGGUAAGACAAUCUCCAAUCUGAAUGUCCGCGGGAAGCGAGGAAACAUUGUACAGGUGUAUCCCUCGGUGGAGUACGACUUCAUACCCAACAACCUGGAGAUGGGCACCUCCAACUACAUACAUAUACAGUGGACAGGCUCCAAUACUAACAACCCUAACAAUGAUGGGAAUGGGCAGGCCAGGUCAGAUAGGAACAAUAUUGUCCAGCUAGGAGACCCGACCUACGACGAGGGCAGUCUGACACGAUUUGGCCCUGGGGCAGUAUAUGGAAAAUACGGAGUUAAUUAUCCAGCACAUGCCGUCAACUCAUCCUUUCUUGGUCUCAGUGAAGAGGAUUUACUGCACCUUGCAUUUAAUUCUCCAGGACAUUUUGGCGGUGAACUCUCCCAGUUGGAUGAUGCGGGUACCUACUUUGACCUUGGCCUUCGUAUGAUUUCACAGGAAGGGACGUACCACUAUAUGUGUACGCGUAACAAUGACUUCUCUAACAGAGAUCAGAAGGGGAGGAUCACAGUUCUACCUUACCUCACUGGAACCCAGCCCAUUGGCUUGGGGGGUGGAACUCUAGCAUUAGCUGAUAAUAAAGCCAAGGUGAUGGUGGAGCCGGGUGUUUUCCCUACCCUACAGACCUUACAGAUGGAGGAGUGGUCCCCAGACCUGGCGGUGGGGAGCGGGACACUCAGGAGUGAACCUGCUGGAAAUGACUAUGCCAGUAACUUUGUCGUUAUCCGACCAGAGAAUGUAAUGACACAGAAUGGUGCCACCUUCACCGUUCAGAUGCAGGUGGACCCUGAUGCCAGCAACGUAGAAAUUUACCGCUCCAAAUCCCAGGAUAUGGCCAGCUGGACAAAGAUCCCAUCCUCUGUUGAUGCUGGAACUGCCAGCUUCCAGGUGGACCAAGGUGGUGUCUAUGUGGCUAGGUCCCACCAGAAUCUAGGUCCGAUCAUUGGCAUUGCAGUGGCAGGAAUCGUGGUGGCAUUGGUUGUGAUAGCCACCAUUGUAUACUUUAGAAGAAAUCCUGAUAGAUUUCAGAGAUUGAAGAGUGGUGCUAGGAAAGCAGAGCGAUCUGUACAGAAUAAAGUGUAAAUUGAUGUAUAUAGGGGCAUACAAACAGCAUUAUUGUAUUUAAACAUUGAUUUCUGGUUUUUCCAGAAUUUUUCAUCUCAGGUUGCUGUAUUGGAAAUUAUGGCAUCUUUAAAAAAUAUAUUCUUCAAUCUUUAGUCAUUUGAUUAGAGCCAGUAGUCUUCCCUGAAUACAAUUUUAUAUGUAAGUGGUGCACAAUUUAUUUUAAAUUUUAACUCUCUUUUUGGAUAUUUGAUUGUAAAGAUUUAUAUGUAGUUCAGUUGCAGUAGGGCUUGUGACUGAUAUCUUAGAUACCAUUGAUAUAAACACAAAUUAUGAUACCUUGCUGUGCAGGUACCUAGUUCAAGAUUUCAGGGAAAAAAAUAAAAAUUUUCUUUUUUCUAACAGCAAACAGAACCCACAACUUUGCAGGUCAAAGUUUGUACUUGCCUAUGUACGUUCAAAUGCAUCACUAUUUAAUAUUCAUUUGCACAUUUUAAAAGAAUGGCGAAACUCCUACAUGUAUUUGUAUAUAAUUAUCCAUUGUUAAAUUUUGUCAAUUGUUCAUUGUAAUAUGUUACAUGUUUUAAUGCAUGUACAUGCUCUGUUUUACCAAAUAUGAGAUUAUAUUUAUAUAUUUCUGUUCACAUUUUACAUGUGUAAAUGAACGUUUCAUUAAAAGGCAUAAUAAUAAAAACAAUGGCCAUUAUCAUCAGGUAACAAAACAAUGUACAUAUCAUAUGGAUAUUAAACUGUGUGAAACAUUCCUUUUUUCCAAUAGGUGUAUAGUUACAGUUAUUUUGAAUAAUGUGAAAUAAAUAAUUUUUACAUUGAGAAAAAUUAAGUUUU